AUGCUUAAAUCACCAGCACGCAGCGGAAUAUUCAGCUUCUUAUGGAGCAAAAUACCAAAGCCAAGUGACAGGUAUUUCGUGGGAUACGAUUUAGAGGGCAACAAGUAUUUCGAGCACCCACCCACAACAGACUACAAAGAACGUCCGAAGCGCUCAGUCAGGUAUCCGCGCCAGGUCGAUUGGGCUCUGGUCGGCAAGAAUAUGCCAGCGCAGUGGCAGGCGUGGCUCAGGCACACGCGUCUCUCUCCGCCGUCGAUCGAGGAGUUGGAAUCGGAUUUGCUCAGGAUACAGCGCACACAGCAGAAUGCAGCGCGUAUCGAUGCAGCUUUCGCGAAGAGUAGAGGCGCUGUGCCUGCGCCGGAGAGUGGCACUGCAGAGGUAGAUAUGCAACACGAACACGAGCAACACGAGCACAUCAAGGCACAGCAACAUUACAACCAAAACCCGCUAGAGGCAUUCGAACCAGCUAUCGAAACGCAAGAGGCAGGAAGAACACCCGAGGAAACAAUGGAGCAUGUGGAAGAACGCAGACAUGGAUUCGAUCCUAAUGAAAUGCAUCAAAGGCAGCAAGAAGAGGGUCGUUUGAGGAAACAGGCGGGUGAAUUCGCUCCAGGGACAGGGAAGACGCAGGAGUGGACACCAAAUCGAGCUGCUCGUAGGGGAUAA